AUGGGCAGGCAUGCCAACCCUGACAUAAGGCGAGCCUUUGAAGAAUUCCAAGACCAAGACACACCCUCGAAAUGUAAUAAAGUACGCUGUCUACACUGCGGCUUCGUGCGCGCAAAGAACACGACGCGCCAGAUUGAGCAUCUCCAAGACUGCCAGCGAUACCUCGCAUCCCCCGAGGCACAGUCCCAUCUGAUCGCCCAGGAGCAGCAGCAACAGCAGCAUCAGCCUCCGCCGCAAAAUGGAUUGCCUGUUGAUCCCAGUAUGCCCCCGGCUGGCCCCAGCCAGAUAUUGAAUGGCCAACAGCCCAACCCAAACCUCCAAGUGAACCGGCGCGGACCGAACAAUAAACGCACUCGCGAUGGACAGCCUAUUGCGCCAAACAUUGCCAUGGCACCCAAUGUUGCGCCCUCGCUGACGUCGCAUCUCUUGACCAUCUGCUCGGGUCCAUUUGCGCAGGCAACACAGCGACCCUUCCUAUCGCACGCCGGCUGUGGAUCACUAGGCGCAGGGCCGUUGUCGCAAUGGCUCGUACAAGAUGGGCACUAUGCGCGAGGAUAUAUACGCUUCAUAGGGCAGCUGCUGGCCAAGAUACGACUGCCGCAGACGCACAAUUCGCAGUUCCAUCCCAUGUACCGCACCAUGGACCUUCUCAUAUCCGCCCUCAACAACAUGCGACGAGAGAUGCAGUUCUUCGAGAUCACCGCGACCAAGUACGGACUCGCGGUGGGCAUGGACCCCCCAACACCCAUCACGCGCGCCAUGCUUGACCUUCUUGUAAGCGCGAGCAGUGCGAGCGCAUCACUCCUGGAAGGCAUGGUCGUAUUAUGGGCAAGCGAACAUUGCUACCGCUCCGCCUGGCAAUACGCCUCCUCCUUCUCUAGCACCCUCAACAAUACCUCCAGCGACUCCCACAUCGUCGCCCUCCACCAAGCCCUUAUACCCAACUGGACGUCCCCCGCCUUCAGCAAAUUCGACGAGGCAACGCGCACACUCGUCGACGAACUAGCCAAUAUCACAACCACACGCGAUGGCAAGGAAGAAAUGUCGCGCUGCGAAGAAAUCUUCAGACAAAUAUGCUGGCUCGAAGAGCGUUUCUGGCCUGACGUAGACAGCAUGGGCAACAACAACGAGAGUACAAAUGCAAGAAUGGGCCCUCCAAUGAGCGGACCCAUGAGUGCAGGCUUGGAGAACAACAUGCAAAACGGAAUGGCCAACGGUCUACCUGUUGCGGUCAAUGGGAAUGGUAUACACAAUCAUAAUCAUAGCCAUAACCACAAUCGUAACAACAGCAUGCCGGGGCCCAGUAUGAACAACAAUAACAAUAUACCAACAAACAUCCACGGCAAUCCUGUAAAUGGACGAAACAGUAUGAGCGGCCCCGUCCGCAAUGCUAGUAUCAACGGUCCUCCCAUGCAGAAUGGUCCUAUCAAUGCGGCCAUCAACAAGCACGACAACACGCCUGUGAAAGAUAACCGAAAUCCAUUUGGUUUGCCAAGAAAUGGUAUGGAGAGUGUGGGCCAGGGCUCGUAG